AGAGAAUGGGAUCAUACAGUUUUGAUGAUGUGUGUUUCUCUUGCAAGAGAGGCUUAACCAAGUUCUGAUGGAGAAGAAGAAGGAAUCAAGAUCAGGAAUGGAGAUAAUGAACUUGCUUCAGAAAGAAGGGCGGCAACGUGGGACUUGGAAUGGGAAGAAGGACUUAGGUUCCAGGAAGAGUAACUUUUUAUUGGUCUUAUCUAUUAUGUCAUGCUUGAAUUCUUUGACUAGAGUCCCAACUGGGCGGAUUGUUCUAGAAUUGCCUGUUGGAAUGUUGGAUGAUGACCAAGGUGAUUUUGUUGGCACGGUAGUUUGUGAGCAUGAAAGCUGAAAAUAAAACGGUUGGUGCCUCAAUUGAAGCGUCUGUGUAUUACUUAAUGAGAAUGAACUAUUCCUUUUGUCUUUUUUAUUUUUACCAUUUUGGUGGUUCCUUUGAAGUGAUGCUUUCUCACAGCAACCUAGACUUUGAAAAGUUUGUGGUGUCCUAGAUGCCUUAAUUUAUCUGUGCCUUUUCAUAUAGAGUUGCUGUCAUUUAUAUAUAUAUAUAUAAAAGAAUAAAAAGCCUCUGUUAAAGUUUUAUUUAUGGUAUGCAAAGGCUUAGAACUUUGUUAUUUGGGGGUAUGUAUGUAUGGAGUGUUGCAAUAGUUUAGUGCAUGGUUCUGAGAUAUUGCUUUGAACCUUUUAAUGCUAACCAAAAUAAUAUUACCUUACUAUCCUUUAACAUGCAGGAGUCAAGGGCAAAUUUCUUAUUGCCAUCUCCAAUAACUUCAUCAAAUGAACUUGUCAUCGUGUGGGACCCAGAACUGGGCAGGAUAAAUACCUCUGAACACAAGCAACUAAAGUUGGCUAGGAGUUUAACUCGUGGUAUUAUUGACAGGGAUCUUAAGCCAAGCUCUAAUGAACGGAAGAUAAUCCAAAGAAUUUUAAAAUAUCCACCAACAAGGGCUUUGAGUGGAGAUGAAAGACAGCUGCUUUGGAAAUUUUGCUUCUCAUUGAUGUCUGAUAAGAGGGCACUAACAAACUUUCUAAGAUGUGUUGAAUGGAGUGAUGUUCAGGAAGCAAAGCAGGCAAUCAAACUAAUGGGUAAGUAGGAAAUGAUUGAUGUGUGUGAUGCAUUGGAGCUUCUAUCACCACUAUUUGAAAGUGAAGAGGUAGGCCUAAGUAAGAUUAGGAUGGCUUAAAACUGUUAGUUUCCCUUUCUCGGAACUCAGUAUGCUGUCACAGUGAUCUAGGCUGCUGUAUUGUAGCCUUAUCACUCACUAGGCUUAAUGGCAUAGAGAAGCUUAUAUUGUAAGGCUGGAUGAACUUUUGGAACUGGAAAGAGUUGAAUUCAAUUAUCCAUAGAGUAUCACAUCAACAGUUUAUCUAGAUUUGUAGAUAAUCUACAAUCUUAUUUGUAACUGAUUAAUGCUUAAUUCUCAAUCACUCUUGAUAGUUUAAAGGAGAACAAUGUUGGCACUCUUAUGGCUCCAUCUGGAAUUCAUACUAAUGCUUCUCAACCUUUUAAUAGAUCAGCUUUAUAUGAUAUUUCAAAUUAUAAGUGAAUAAAUGUGUGAAAAAUUUUAUAUCAUUAUUAAAAUUUAGAUUGGUUUUCAUAUGUUUUACAUCAUUUUUAUCUUCAUCUUUAUGUUUUGUUUUAUGUUAAUCUCCAACUUAUUUGCUUAAUCCUUUUGAGCAUAGUGUCAAGAGAAAGAAAAACUGUGAUGAUGUUGUUUUCCCUGUCAUUGACUCUAGCCAAGGACAGAAGUUAAGGAAGGAAAGUUUUGAUUUUUUUAGAGCUUGUGCAACGAAAUCAUUAGUCUCUUCUUCUAUAACGUUACUUAGAUAUUAGGGACCCUAUAUACAAAUCCAAGUAUUGUGGUGCAUUAAUGUGGUAUGAUGAGCGAACUAAGAAAGAUCGCUACCCAAUCAAUCCAGAAUUCACUUUGUGUUGUAUGAAUGGCAAGGUUCAAUUGCCUUUUCUCAAGCCUGCUCCUGAUUUACUCACCCAUUUACACAAAGCCGAAUUUCCUAUGCAAUCUUAGGGUGUAUAAUAUGAUGUUUGCAUUUACAUCUUUUGGAGGUAAAGUUGAUCCGUUGAUCAAUCAAGGUUCAAAUCCUCCUAUUUUCAGACUUGGGAGUCAAAUCAUCAUUAUGUGGGCAGUCUUCUCCUUGUUCCAAAUGAGAGUCCUAAAUUUGCCCAACUUUACAUCUUUG